AUGAGCCUAAGCUGUUUGAGAAAUGUCGCGAGGUGCAAUAUGGUGAAAGUUUCCCCAUCGAGCGUUUUUCUUUCGAAACUUCGGGGACCUUGUGCUGAAAGGGAAGUGUACACGAGUAGCACGCAACAUGCUGUUGUUACACAACAGAACACGAAGCCCGACUGGAACCGAGCCGUGAGCGAGGCUGAGAAGAUUGUUGGCUACCCCACAUCAUUUCUGAGCCUUCGAUGGGUGCUGAGCGAUGAGAUCGCGAACGUUGCCCUCCAUUUGAGAAAAUUAGUUGGCAGCAAUCACCCUCUUUUAAAAACGGCUAAGAACUUGAUCUACAAUGGGAAGAACAACAUGCAGGCGUGGGGUCUCAUUGUCCUGCUGGUAUCAAAAGCAGCUGGCCAUAGUCCUGAAAUACCCGACAUGGAGCAGGAUAAAGCUGCUGGUGUUUUGCAUAGCCAACGCGCGCUGGCAGAGGUGACGGAGAUGAUCCGCACGUCGCACCUGGUGCACAAGGGGCUCGUGAACAUGAACGCGCCGAAGAUAGGUCCCGGCGACCCCGACGAUAUGAUGUUUGGCAACAAGAUCGCCCUCCUCGGCGGCGACUAUCUCCUCGCAAACUCCUGUUCUGAACUCGCCAAUCUUAGAAAUCAAGAGCUGGUUGAGCUAAUGUCAUCGGCCGUACGAGAUUUAGCCGAGGCGGAGUUCCUGGGGGAGCGUGAUGAACAGAACAACCCGUUGCCUUCCCGUCCGUUGCCUGAGGAGCAAAGAGAGGCUGCUUCAGAAUGGGAGUGUGUACUACAACCGCUGCCUAUGAACGGUGUACGGGGUUGCGCGCGACGGGAAUGGGUGGCGCGGCACGUGCUGGCGGCGGGGGCGCUGCUUGGCAAGAGCUGCUCGGCCGCGCUAAAGCUGGCUGGUCACGCCUCCGCACUCCAGACACAGGGCUACCUCUUCGGCUGCCACUUGGCACUAGCGUGGCAGGCGUUCCUAGAUCUGGAGGCGUUCUCUGGGCCGGAGCCGCGCAGCUUCUCACUAGUGGGUGCGCCACUCGCCUUCACCCUGCAGGCCAGACCGCAGCUCUACGAGCUCAUAGAGCAGGGCCGACGUAGUGUGCACGAUGUCGAUUACCACGCUCUGUACCAGGCGGUGCUGGAGGGCGACGGCAUCGAGCAGACCAAGCAGCUGCAGCGCGAGCACAUCAGCACGGCGUGCGAGGUGCUCGACAGCUUCCCCAACUGCGACGCGCGCACCGCGCUCGCCAACAUCAUCGUCGCCAUGCACCCCUAG